CGCAGAAUGGAGAUCAAAAAAGCCUUUGUUAUUCACUUUCUCAUGUUGAUCACAGCAGGUUUAAGAGAAUGUUUGGCGACAAAGUUCAUAACAGUAGUAGAAGGAGACACUCUGGUAUUGAAAUGUCCACGAAGAAACCUCAGUGAGAACGUGCAUAUGGAGUGGAGAAAAGAAGGCCAUGUUAUGUUCUUUAACACACACAAAGGUCUAAAGGAUCCAAGAAUCAACCUUUUUACUUCGAACACCUUAGAAUUCACUGUAGUAGUGUCAAACGUAACCUUCAAAGAUGAAGGACUUUAUAGAUGUUUCAUCUAUGAAGAUCAAGUCUCUACAAAAAGAUUCAAAGUAAAAGUUUUGGGAUCCCCAAAAAUAGAUAUGACUGAGCAUGAGGGUAAAGCAGUCAUCAAAUGUUCAACGGCAGCGAAUGGCCACCCACCUAAACUCUCAUGGCAAAUUGGUGGUGUUGAAGUUGAAGCUGUACCCAAUACCUGGCUGGAGGAAAGAUCAAAUAGGACGUUCGCAGUUAGCAUCUUAACAAUCAAAACCCAUAUCAGAGAAGCAACAGUGAAGUGCUUGGCGAAACACAGAGAGCUUCCAAAUAAAGUAAUGAACUUCAUCGUCAUUCAAAAUCACUCUAUUAUAUCCUCAACCACGUCGAUUUAUUCCACUAGAGAUGACCUAAAAACCGAGACAAUUAUCACAGCCACUUCUCCUCCUGUCAUCAGCAGUACAGCACCCGUGGAACCAUGGUCCGUUUCAGAAAGUACUGAAGUGUUCGCAACAGAAGACACUACCUCAAAAAGUAUACAAGUGGAAGAGCAUUCUACAGAAUCCGAUAUAAGCUUGACAACACAUGACAUAACCUCUUCAGAGUCCAAUUCAACUGAUGGAUUCGUGACAAAAAAUGUCACUAAUGUACAAGAUUUUGGGGACAAAGGCAGACAGUACAAUCAAAAGCAAAGCUCACCACUGCUGAUCCUGCUCGUCACGACCCUUAUUAUCUGUUUGCUUAUUGUAGUCAUCUUCUUCCUGAUAAGACUGCGAAGGGCUCAUGUAGCCUGGAAAAAAGAGAAUGAAGAAUCGGACCAGUCUGUGGAAAGCAGCAAAUCAAAAGCAAGUCAUGAAGAAAAGCAGGCCCAUGACAGGAGAAGACAAGGUUUUUGGAACUCAAACUUUACAGUAUACAAAGUGGAAGAUCCUCCUCAAAACACCACAGUUUCAGUAGCUACAAUAGAUGUGAUCAGCGAAGCACAAGACAAUUCCAGAACAGCUUGUAAUCAACAGGACAAAGCUUGUGUUAAGGAGACUGAACUUUAGAGGAAUGUUAAAUCCUCAAACUUCUGAACUGAUUUUGCAGUUCUUUUAUGAACUAUGGUGCUAACUCACUAAGCCUAUUUCUGUGAACAUUAAAGCUGAUAGCUGCCGACUUUUGUAUGUAAUGUACAGUGUACUGUAUUUUCUUUUUAUAACUGUUGAGGGUUUACAUAUUUUUUUACACCAAAUGUAAAUAAGAGUGUAUUUCAUAAUGUAUGCUUUAUUAUGUGUUUACAAUAACUUGAUAACUAUAAAGUGGUUCCUUGAUAAAAUUGAAAUAUACUGCCAUGGUAUUUCAUUAUAGCCUAAAUAAUUAGGAAUAUUAAAUUGGUGCUGCUCUGUUCUGACAUACAUGUCUAUUUUCAA